GCGUCGACGCUUCCUCUCUAGUAGGGAAUACAAUACCAUGAAUUUACCGAACUGCAUCGAUAGUAGCACUUUGUUCGUACUUUGCUGGACAGGAAGUGACUACUAGCGGGAUAGUAUGUUUGCGAAAAAGCUCGCCAAAGAAGCCUUCGUCAUGGGGUUAGAAGGGACAACGCCUCUCGAGCUGCUGCUAGUUUUGUCUUGCAUUCCUAUUGGAUUUUGGAGUUUCCAAUUUCUCCCCAGUGCGAAUCCAUGGCAGUCGUCUGUCUCCGAAGCAAUAACAUUUUGGAUUCCCAUGAUUCUGUGCCAAAGCAAGUUGCUUUAUCCGUAUGGUGUACUUUACCUUGCCUCAGAACUUACCUUUGCCAUCAUAAACGAGUCCGUCAGACCAAAUAGAGAAGUACUAAAGAGGACUGACGAUAUGCGGCGAGUCACCUUGACUGUGUAUCGAUCUUCGCUCCUUUAUCUGACGUUUGUAGCUAUUUUAUCCGUGGACUUUCACUUUUUUCCCCGGCGAUUUGCCAAGACAGAAGAACGUGGCUACAGCCUUAUGGAUAUGGGUGCUGCGUCGUUUGUGAUUGCUGCUGGUCUAGUAUCGACUCGUGCCCGGGGUAAGACAGCGAAUACCCGGAGAGAUUUUGCACGGACCUUGCCGCUGCUCACAUUGGGAGUCUUGCGAUUGAUUGCUCACAAGGAGUUGGAGUAUCAGGAGCAUGUCUCCGAGUAUGGUGUCCAUUGGAACUUCUCCUUUACGUUAGCCAUCUUGUCACCGGUCGGGGCACUGCUACCAGGUCCCACUUGGACUCUUCCAGUGGCUCUUUUGAGUUUCUACCAAUUUGCUUUGUAUUCUUUCGGGCUUCAGACAUGGAUCGAGGAUUCGCCUCGACAAUGUCUUGAAUUCGACCACAAUAUAUGUCACUUUUUCGCAGCCAAUCGGGAAGGAUUGCUUGGAUGUGUUGGAUACAGCGCAAUAUAUCUAUUAAGCGAAUGGUUUGGCUCUCAAUAUCUCUGGAGAGCGCCCGACGACAAUUACAGAUUGAAGUUUGGAUUGUUCAAAUUCACGGGAGGGUUGACCCUAUUCUGGUUGAUAUUGGAAGCGUCCGGCUUGACAGCAUCCCGCCGCUCAACCAAUCUUGUGUUUGCCGUCUGGGUCCUCCUAGUAAACAUUUUGAUUCUUACUACCGUGCGAUACGUUUGCGUUGGGCAUGACAAGGUACCUUUCGUACUAAACACCGUAAACAAACAUGGGUUACCUUGCUUUGUCGGGGCGAAUUUAAUGACGGGAAUUGUAAAUUUGUCAUUCGAUACAAUGCAACAAAAUGACACCACCGCGUUCGUAAUACUGCUAGUCUACAUCUCUGGGGUCGGGACACUGGCGGUGUCGCUCAACAUUCUCAUCCCCAAACUUAAAGGCUUCUUCUCAAGGCUACCUCCUGGAAAGGAAAAAAUAAUGUGAUAUGUUGAUUAAAUGUAUGUUUCGUAUA